GAAUAUUAUCUCUUCGAGAGAGUUCACAAGUACGUUGUAUGUCGGUAUAAAAUUGAAAGCAAUAGUGCGGUGUUGACAUGGCUCGAAAUGGCCGCAAUCUAUACAGCAUUAGAGAUAAUUUAGGCCGGAAGUGGAGACGAACUGUAGGAGACAAUAAAGGCAUGACCAUAUAUGGCAAUUCGAAGGCGCCGCUUAGCCUUAUAAGGCAGUGAAUUUACCAAAUAAAGCGAACAGCCAUCGGCACGUGUGUGUUAUUUCUUCUUUCGUAUAAAAGCUUUGAAAAAAUGGAAAGAACUCAGAAUGAAGUCGGCGAGUGUAUCAGCCAGAUUGAGAUUGUAACUGAGACACAAGCGAAGCAAGGCAGCGAGACAGCAGAACAGGACGCCAUCAAUAUGCAUCAACAACAACUACACCGCGGAAUUAAAAGAGAUGUCGAAGAAUUGCAUAGCAGCUCAUCAGAUCAUGAUGACAUUGAGGAUACGAAAAUCGGUAUAAAACCAGGAAAGAAGACGAGAGGCAGGGUUAAAAUAAAAAUGGAAUAUAUUGAUAAUAAACUACGAAGAUACACAACUUUUAGCAAGCGGAAGACGGGUAUUAUGAAAAAGGCAUACGAACUUAGUACAUUGACGGGGACACAGGUUAUGCUUCUUGUUGCGUCUGAGACUGGACAUGUCUACACGUUUGCAACGCGAAAACUUCAGCCUAUGAUAACAUCGGAAAGUGGCAAAGCUCUCAUACAAACGUGUUUAAAUUCCCCUGAUCCUGCAGUGAAUGCAGUGACUUUGGAUCAACGUAUGUCUGCGACUGGCUAUGAAGAGCCUGAUUUAUCUUAUUCCUCUCACGAAGGAGUCAAUGUUGACAAGGACGGCAAGGCGUCGAUAUUCUUAAACCAAAACAUCGACUUAAACCAAACAGGAUCAGGCUCAAUGACAGGAAUAACCUUACAAUCCGCUGGUAACGGAUCAUUUCCCAUGACAACGUACCUCCCCCCGUCUACCAGCCAGCAGUUGAAUGCCUCGAAAUCUGGUGUCCAGUCUCUUUCUGUGCAGGCUGUGCCAGGGGGAGCUUUUGCGACUAUUUUCACCCCAGGAGCUACUUUUCCUAAUGGAACGUAUCAGCUUGGACAAGGCACACAACAGCCUUUGACACAGGUGGUCAACCCGCAAGUUCACUUGCAACGAAUGCAAGCAGCCACGACGUCCGCAAACUCGCACAUGGACAAUAACGUGACGUCACAUAACCAUCACCACGGCAGUCCCGAGCAUCCUGGAGGGGACAGCCCGGGUAAUGGGGGUCACAUGUCAGGUGUACCCAUCAAUGUGUUAUCCAUGCAAGGUAGCGAGGGUGGACAGAAUCAUGCGGUGUAUACAAGUGGGAAUAUGCCGCUGAUGUACAACUCAAGUGGUAUAUUGUAUGCAACGCCACCAACCACACAAUCUACCAUGUCUGAUGGUGACUCAAAUGGACAACCACACCAUCUUGUAAUGCAAGAUGGUACAGUCGUUACCAACCAGGGGAUACCUGUAUCGUUGCAACACGUCCCUGGAACGCUACAGGUUCACCAAGAGUACAGUAAUUCGUUACAACACCAUUCCAACGGUAUCCAUGACAACCAUAAUUCACCAGGCGACAUGGUGAGCAUGGUGGAUCCCAGCUCUCUAUCUGUGCACCAGGACGGUGCUCUGGAGAAGAACAUGAAUUCUCAUAAGUAGCCGAGGACUCGUGGUAGGCGUGAGUGGGGAUUCUUUGUUGUGAUUACAUAAAGUAAUCAAUCACUAAGGAUGACCGGCGAUCGACGCCCGCGUGAGAGGGCAAAACAAUGAACGGUUUGUUCCAAAACAGCACAAGAUAUUAGAUAUCUGCAAUGAAAGAUUGCCUUCACCCUAGGAAGUUUAGACAUGAAGUAGACUAACCCUUUCUACCGGAACACACGAAUUGCUCUUUCUAACGGCCUGUAGUUAAGGAAAAUCGACUGGUGUUGAUCAAAGUUUAUCUCUGCACCUAAAUUCAGUCUAAGAAAUCAACUAGCGUGAAGGAACAAUGCCACAAUCAAAAUAUUUGAAAUAUAUACUAUUUAAUCAUAUAUAAUAAGAUAAUCCCACUCCUAUGGAGUGAUAACUAAUUUUCGAUCUUGAAAUCACUAUUUUGAGAUUUUUAAUGUGUUUAGAAACGGGAAAUUUCGCAAACAAUAACUUGGCUUCUCUUCCGGAACAUCCGUGUUGUUAAACUACCCCAUUGGCUAAUAAUAUUCGUAGAGUGCGGUCCUAUAGGACUGUACCUUGUGAUCCUACAGGAACUCGUGACAUGCGGAUGGUUUCCUUAUUUAGUAGAUGGUAUAUAGGAUGCAAUUUUUGCGAUGAAAAGCGACUAAACAACUCAAUCUAAUUUCCUCGUGUCAAUUUUCUGAGAAUAUAGGAACUGAAACGUUGCCCACAUUGUUCUCUGUUUCGUCUUAAGGACGUAAUGAUAAUGAUUUGAGAUCAUUUUGAUGGUAAAUGCAAACUAUUGUUACGAGAUAUAUUUAUACACAGGCUACGACGCGUGCUUCAAAUAUUUGUCGAAUUUUCGUGAAUAUCUUCUUCCGACCGGAUCUCAAUCGGCUUCCUAUAAACCAAAAUUAUCUCGGCAUAUAUGCGCAUAAUCUCCGUUGCAAGAAAGAGACCUCGGAUUAACUGAUAUCACAAGAAAAGCUGGAGGGCUUUCUCUCAAGAAACUUCUCGUUUGUUACACACAGAUUACUUAGUGCAGGUAAUAUCAAAACGUCCUUCGAAAAUGUCCUUCGAAACGUCCUUCCCCACCCACUCUUAGGCCCACCGGGCGAUAGUACAAUGUUUAAACAGGCAUAUUUACAACAAACGUUGAGGUGUUGUCGAAACGGAAACUAUCGCGUGGUACAAGUUAGAGAAUUUUCGAUAAAGAGCUUUGUGUAAGUGGCCACUUAAGAAGCACUUGAGAAAAGUCGUGAGAAGAUAAACUAUACAGGCAGUCUGUGACUUUGCCAACAUCAAAAAAUACCAAAACCUUCAAUGAUUGUGAUUGUGCUCUCGAUAAUAUUUGAUGCAUGAUUUACACAAAAUAUCAAGAAAAACAGCGAGUAAAAAUCUCUAUAUACAGCGGCACCACUGACGUUAUUAGUUCGGAGUUCCGCACGAGAAAAUACGAAACCUAAUUUCAAAGACCAUCUUUAAAAAUAAUUCUCAAACAAACCCUGGUUGUCAGUUACAGCGGUAAUAUAUUCAUGAUUUCUCAUUACCACGUUUUAUUUGAUCUGUUACAUAUUCCUACAAAAUCAUUACACUAUAUAUAGCAGUUUAUGCUGUGACCUUUUGAGGGUGGAUCCUUUCAGAUUUCCAUUUAUGGAAGCGUUUCUUAUUUGAAGCACAAUACUUGAACCGCUUUCGCAUUUUAACAGGAAAGUUAAGCUCAGCGCUAUUCUUGUUUCUUCUUAAACCUCACCCACCGUCUCUAAUCUUAAUGAUGAAUUUUUAUAUUUCAACAUAUGUUUUAAACAAAGGACUCGAUUCAUUGUUUGUUAAGAUAAUGAAAGUUGAUAUUUACAAAUACAAAUAUCGUAUUUCUUGCCAAGUGCCAAUGGGAUAGUUAAACCGUAAUCAUUUCAAAACAAACCCGUAAUUAUUCUACGACUGCUGUAGUUUGUAUAAUUUAACAAUGUAGUUGAAAUUAGACGAAAAUGUUUAUCAAGUUCAAUGGUUGUUUAUCAGCUAAAGUUGACUGUAAUUUGUACAGGACAAAUGUAAAUAUGAAUUAACAAAUCUGUAAAUAGUCAAAAGUGUUAUAAUGUGCAGUAAUUUGAGAAUUUUUACACUUAUUGUGUAAUUGCAAAUGUUUUCUAUUAAUAAACGAUAU